UCUAGCCGGCAGUUGUUCUCGGUGUUCAGUCUAUCGCUGAACCACGAUGAAGCGCGUCGUGUCGGUAUUAUUUGUACUUGCUGCUGUAACUGCUGUUAAUACAGCAGUUUUAGGAGCAGCUACUAACAGAGUUAAGGUGACGCUGUACUACGAGCACCUCUGUCCGGAUAGUAUUCGCUGGGUAAGCGCUCAGUUGGCGCCAAACUAUGAUGCACUGCGAGACUUCAUGGAGAUUGAGUUUAUUCCGUUCGGGAAAGCGAAGAGCAUCAACGGCGGCGAAUCCUUCCAGUGCCAGCACGGUCCGAAGGAGUGCCAGGGCAACAUGCUGCAGGCGUGUGUGCUACACUACCUCCCCGAGCAGCAGGACCGCCAAGUUUCGUACGUGGCCUGUCAGAUGAACUUUAGUGCCGACCCAGCCGGCUGGCAGUGCGUCGAACAGUCCGAGGCGCAUCUGCAGUCGGUUCGGAACUGCGACGAAGGUGUGCUGCGAACGCAACUGCUGCUGGAAGCCGAACGCCGCACGCAGCAGAUUCCGCUGACCUUUGUGCCGACCAUCGUGUUCAAUGGGAAAUUCGAUCAGACGCUACAAGAUCGAGCACUAAAGGACUUCCGUGGAGUCAUGUGUGAGCUCACCAAUAAGAGAGUUACUGGUUGUUAAAGCUGAUGUUAAUAAAAACGUUGAAAAUGUU